UAUCAGCGCUAAGACUUUUGUAAGAAAUGAGUGAAGAAGCAACAUCCCUGAUGGAUCUUCCAUCUCCAAUCUUGUUACAAAUUCUCUGUACAUUACCUCCUACCACACUCUUAUACGUCAAAACCCUCUCCAAAUCUUUUCUAAAUCUAACCUUAGAUUCCGAAUUUACAAAACUGUCACGUUCAGCCAGCAUCAUCAUCCACCAAUUCUACUCUAGUAGGACUGCUUCUAGGACCAACACCUUAAAGUUGUUGAAAUUCGUAGUCGAUAACUUUGAUCAUGAUCCAAAUGAUGAUCUUGAUCUGCAACUUUACUUUCCAAUAGAUACAUUUUUACUCGUUGGAUCAGUUCAUGGUUUCGUUUGUUUUAAUUACUUUUUCGGUGAUGUUGAUAGUAUUUACAUCCUCAAUCCAACAACAAGAGAAUAUAUCAUCCUUCCUGAGCCACAACGGGUAAGAAAAUGGCCUAAUUUAGUUACUUAUGGCUUUGGUUUCGAUCCUGUUAGGUUCGAGUACAAAGUGGUAAGAAUUUACCAAGAGGAGAUUCGCGAUGAUGAUACUAAUGGUUUUUGUUAUUACAAGUCUGAAGCUCAAGUUUACACACUUGGGAAAUUAGGGUAUUGGAGAAAUAGUGUAGAACAUAUCAUGUUAUGGGUGAACCUCUACGCGAAGAUUCAUUGGUUGGUUUAUGAUGCUAAAGGAAAUGAGUCAAUAUGUUCGUUUGAUCUGGAGAAUGAGUUGUUUGAAUCUUUCCCCACGGCUCCAAAGUACAAUAAGAAAAGGUAUUGGUAUUCGCGAAGUUUGGGAGUCUUUGGACGUUGUCUAUGUGUGUGUGACAAUUAUGCAGAUACUCAUUUUGAGGUAUGGGUGAUGAAAGAAUACGGAACUACAAGCUCAUGGGUUAAAGAGAUUGUCAUAAACAUUUCUCCUGAAUGCAACGAUUGGUUGGGCAAUGAAAUGAUCUAUAUGUUGAAAGUUUUGGAGGAUGGAGAGGUGUUGUUCAUGUGGCGUGACGAUUUCUUGUUUUUGCACCAUCCUGUGAAGAAAACUUUGAAAAAGCUUGAUGUUUGUACAGGGAAUAUCUUAGCAUCUAGCCAUGUAUCAAGCUCCUUUUCUCUCAAGAAUUUUGAAGGAGAGGUUGUGAAUGUCUUUUAGAUUGUCAAAAUGUAUGUACUGUUU